UCUACUAAACUUUGUUUACUGUGUUCGUAACAUAUUCUAGUUUUUGUAACAUAUAUUUUUUGAUCCGAUGUUUCAUCAAUGAUAACAUUUGCAGAAUGUUGGCCCAGUUUCACCUAGUUCCAUCCUCUCCCACUACUAGACUUGCUCUCACUACCACAUUUGGUGGUGAGAAACAUUGGACGGAUGUUUCAGUUUUAUAGCCCCUGUGACGUGUAUGUGGUUAAAUAUCCAAGCGUGCGCGCGAAUGGUACCUGACGGACACGUGACAGAUAGCGGAUCCCGUCUGGUGGUCCGGUUACAGUAGAUGCCAAGAUGGCUGCAAGCAAUUAUUAUGGGUUCACUCACGGUGCCGGUCCGCAGUACAGCGUUCAGCCUCCACCGGCCUUUGCCCACCCCACCACAGCCAGCUACAGUGUUCAGCCGGCCCCUGCCGUGGCCCAUGCAGUGACCGCCUCUUAUGCCCCUGCCCCUGCACAAGCAGCCAGGCCCGUCGCCUCUGCACCCUACCUGGCGGCCUACCAGACCCACCCUGCCCCCCCAGACUAUGGCUAUCGGCAGCCGGACCCUACGCCCCAACCUACCACCACCCCACAGGCGUACCAGCUACCGGUAUACACCGAAACGGAUAACUACAGUUACGGACGACCACCUGCAGUCACUAGUUAUGAGACUAAGCAGUACUACCAGACAAGUAUAGCUCCAGCCCAGCGGACCCCAACAGAAGCUUACUACCAGACAGGUGUGAAGAGUGGCUACAGUCCAGUCAGCACGGUGUACAGCCAGCCCCCUCCACCACAGAGGCAGGUCACAGCUUUAAAGCCUCUGGCCCCCGCUAGCUCAGUGUCCACCAGCUAUAACAUCUACCCAGUGUCCACCAGUGUUCAGCAGCCUCCAACUCCCAUCUCGUCUUACACCCCUUGCUCCUCCUUCAACUCCACAGCUGCGACCUCCUACUCGGGCAUCAGCUACUCUACUUAUGACUCGAGUGGCUACACUUCCACCCCCUCCUACUACCAGCCUGCACAGCUGCCCGCUCCCCAGCCGCCACCCCAGCAGCCCCAGCCGUCCAUGCAGCUGCCUCACAAACAGCUCACCAGCUCCUCCUGGAGCAACGCGGGUAGCAACAUGGUGACCGCUCCCACAGUCAACGCCUACAAGAAGCCCAUGUUCCACCAGAACAGGCUGCAGAAGCCCAAAGGGCCACCCAAGCAGCCCCAGCUGCACUACUGUGACAUCUGCAAGAUCAGUUGUGCUGGCCCGCAGACGUACCGGGAACACCUCGAGGGCCAGAAGCACAAGAAGAAGGAGGCUGCUCUGAAAUCUGGCAGCGUGGUGGGGAGCAACGGGCCCCGGGGGAUUCAGACCCAACUGCGCUGUGAACUAUGUGACGUUGCCUGCACUGGCGUAGACGCGUACGCUGCCCAUAUCCGAGGGGCCAAGCACCAGAAGGUGGUGAAGCUCCACACCAAACUAGGCAAACCUAUACCGUCAACUGAACCCAUUUUAGUGAACAAUGCUCCGAUUAUCUCAACAUCGACCGCUGGGAAGACGACCCCUAUUGUCGUCACGUCAGCUGCCCCUUCAGCGCCACCCAAACCGGUGGUGGUAAACGCCGUCAAGGCCCCAGCACCUGUGAAGAAGCCAAUCACACCCAAAAUAACCCUUCUUGCCAACAAGCCGGCCACCCCUCCAUCAGCCAAGGUGGAUGAGGACCAUCAGUUGGCAACCGCUUCUAAGAGCGAGACCACGAGUGACGAUGAGGAUGGGGAAGGAGUGGGGGGGCAGGGAGACGUCCAGCCUGUGGGACAUGACUAUGUGGAGGAGGUGCGUAAUGAUGAUGGGAAGGUGAUUCGCUUCCACUGUAAACUCUGUGAAUGCAGUUUCAAUGACCCCAACGCUAAAGACAUGCACCUAAAGGGACGCAGGCACCGGCUGCAGUACAAGAAGAAGGUGAACCCAGAGCUGCCGGUGGAGAUCAAGCCCAGUAACCGGGCCAGGAAACUGCAGGAGGGCAAACUUAGGAAACAGAAACAGAAGGCUGUGCUGAAGAGACAGAGGGAUGAUGAGCAGCGCUGGCACUUGGAGAUGAGGUCGGAGCCAGACAGCAGCUGGCACACAGAGAUGAGGCGCUAUGAGGAGGACAUGUACUGGAGGAGGAUGGAGGAGGAGCAGCUUUACUGGGGGGAGCAGAGACGCAGGAUGCCCCCCCCUCCACUCAUGAGCCGGCCUGGCAUGCCAGUGCCACCCCUACUGCAGCCUGUGCGUCGGCCGGACUCCCCAGACGACCGCCACAUCAUGGCCAAACACUCCACCGUCUACCCUGUGGAGGAGGAGCUGCAGGCGGUGCAGAGGAUUGUGUCCCACUCUGAGCGAGCCCUCAAACUGGUGUCUGACUCCCUGCUGGAGAAAGAGCCCCCCGCUGCUGCUCCUAAGACUGAUACAGAGGCUGAUGCUGGCGAGAAAGGACCUGACACACAGGGGACCCGUAUGCUGAAGGGGGUGAUGAGGGUUGGCAUUCUGGCCAAGGGCCUGCUGCUCCACGGGGACAGGAACGUGGAGCUCAUCCUGCUGGCUGCCAAGAAGCCCACCCUCUCUCUACUGAAAGACAUCGCUGAGCAGUUGCCCAAAGAACUGACGACAUUUUCUGAAGAUCAGUAUGAGGUACAGGCUCACCCUGAGGAAGCCAACAUCGUGAUUUUUUCGAGCAAGGAGCCAAAAAUGCAGGUCACCAUCUCUCUAACUUCGCCGCUGAUGAGGGAGGAUCCUGCCCCUGAGAAGGAGGAAAAGGCAGGAGACAAAGCGGCUGAGAAAGGGGUGCCUGAGAAAGACCCUCCUGAUGUUCUGAACCGAAGGAAGUGCCUGGAGUACCUAGCUGCUCUGAGACAUGCCAAGUGGUUCCAGGCUCGUGCCAACGGUCUUCAGUCCUGUGUGAUCAUCAUUCGACUGUUACGUGAUCUGUGCCAGCGAGUGCCAACCUGGGGCAAGAUGCCAGCCUGGGCUAUGGAGCUGCUGGUAGAGAAGGCCAUCAGCAGUGCCACAGGGCCCCUCAGCCCAGGGGAAGCUAUGCGUAGGGUCCUGGAGUGUAUCGCCACGGGCAUCCUACUGCCAGACGGUCCUGGGCUGCUGGACCCCUGUGAGAAAGCCCAAACCGAUGCUCUGGGGAGUAUGACCAAGCAAGCCCGGGAAGACAUUACUGCCAGCGCGCAGCAUGCUCUGCGACUGCUGGCGUUCCGUCAGAUCCACAAGGUUCUGGGGAUGGACUCCCUGCCGGCGUCCAAGGCCAGCGCUCGGAACCGCAAGCGCAGACGGGAUGGAAGCGAGACGGGAGAAGGAGAGGGGGAGGGAAAGAAAGACAAGAAGGAGGAUGCAGAAGAGGUGGAUGCAGAAGAGGUGGAUGCUUGAUCUCUCCCAGAGAAGUGUUAGCCUGGGCGCCCGCCUGGUUCUGCUUCUAAUGUUGGCAUGAGAAUGAUAGGGGAGUAAUGCAGAAACGGACUGGCACCCAGGCUAGAGCAGGUUAGUAGUCUAUACUGGCAGAAUGUCACAUCCUUUACGUUUAUUUUUAUUCUCAAAAUCUAUAUGAAUAUAACUGACUUAGUCGUAACAUUUCUGCCUCCCCUAAAGGGAGGAGAGAACGGGAGGGGAAAGGUAAAGAUUAUUUACUGUAAUUCUCUCCCAUGCAUUCUGUACUGUAACAUACUGUAGAUGUACUUCAAAUCGUGCUGAAAAUUGACUUUAACGUCACUGACUGACUGAGAUUAAGGAGCUAAUGACUGAUAGCCUGAUCCCAGAUCUGUAUGUGCUUCAGGCCAAGUCCUCUUCAUGUAUUUAUGGCAUGAAAACGAUUGUCAGAGGAGUCAACGAUCGUCAGGAGUUUGCUAAAGCACAAACUGAUCUGGAACCAGGCUAAAUGAUUGCAUCAUUCCAUUUCCAGAAUAUUUGCCCACUCAGCUACUGAAGCCCUCCCAUUUUCAGUACCUGUACAAACCACUGUUACUUACCAUUGUCUUCUAUGUACUGUAGGUACUCCUACAUGGAUACCUACAUUGUAACGAAGCUCUUUUUGCUUUUUUCCCUGCUUUUCUUAUUGAAGACUAGCUUUAAUCCUAUACUGCACAGGCUAGUUCAAGUGUUUUAUUAUAUACCGAAGACUGCAGGAGUUCCUCAUCUAGGUGCAUGAAUUGAGAUGAGUUCUGUAGAUGAGGAUGGGUUUUGCUGAUGGGUCUGGUGUGAAGACCUGUUAUUCAGGAGGUUUUAAAUACAAAGACAUGGGUAAAUUAAAGUAUGUUUUAAGAAUGUACAGUUCAUUGUGCCUAAAUUGCAGGCAAUGACAAAUUACAAUGAUAAAGCUGUAAUGUAAAGAAAAACACUUUGAAAACAUUGCUCUUUGAAAAGCACUCCGUAUAGUCUGUAAAGAUGCCUAUAAAUUUGUCAGGACACCUGAAAGAAAAAAAAAUCUGCUUUGUACAAGUUGUGUUUGCACAACAAAACACUUAAGGGAAUCACUGGGUAAUAGAAAAUGUUUUGUCUAAGAGGAGUUGACUGAUAGCUCAUACAGUAUGUUGCACACUCUAAGUCUAGCAUGCUGAGGGAAUGAAGCACUUAUAAAAUGACCAUGAUAUUAUAUGCAGCCAUAUAUUUAUCGUGUAAACUUGCCUAUUAACAAUCUGUCUUUUGUGUUACUGGGGGAAAAUGUCUUGAGCGAGAACUAAAGUAUGGAUAUCUACUGAAAUAAUCCAGGGAUAAUAGUCUUUAGACUUUCUUCCUUGUGCCUGCAUUGUUUUGUGUCUAGGAAACGUCAUAUCUAUGGACUGAAGGUUCUAAAAAGGGGAACAUUUGAACUGAAACUGGAUCAUGCAACAUUUUGAAGAUCUUAUUCACAUCCUGUAUCUUUGUGCAUUAAGGUUUUGUAAGAAGCGGAUUGUGCUUUUCAUUGAUUUUAUUUACAAAGAGCAUCUGCGCAGCACCGUUUUAACUUUUGUUGUUAUCUUUGGAGGAUGUUGCAAUUGAAUUUGUAUUGUUGAAAGGAGAGUCAACGUUGCUGUAAUAUUUUAAUUUCUUUGUAGUGGAGCCUUAUACCAAGGAUGAAUAUUAAAGACUUAACCCAUGGUCUA